AGUACGAAGAGAACAAAGGUGCAAUCAAACACGCCCAUUGAAUGGACCUGUACGCAAGAAGAAUCGCAAACCUCGAAAUCAUCUAGCGAGGUCGUCGGGCUAAUCCAAGUUGGGCACCACCGUCUAUCACUGAAUGGACUCCACCACCAACCAAUUCGCCGGCGCCGCCGCUGGCGCGUUAUCGACUAAGACGGCACCGCUGCCGGCCAUGCUCGCUGACGCCUUUAUCGGCGCCGGAGCUGGAGGAGGAGAUGGGGACCCCAACGCCGCUCUCCAACGGCUGGCAGCGCUCGGCGAUCGCAUGGCUGCUGUCCGGCGCCUCCUCUUCGCCUCCAUUUCUGGUGAAUCGCAGCCCCUCUCCUCCUCCGAUAUUCAAUCCGUGUCCUCCGAGAUCUCAUCUGCCGCUCACCUCGUCGUCCUCAACGCCGCCUCCCUUCUUUCUUCCUCCCUCCCUUUUCCCGUCCCAUCUGCCCCUCCUGCCCCUCCCGCUCCUAUCCAAGAGCUUCCCGCCGCGGCCUCCACCACCGAUGUGCUUCCCCAAGAAGCCACCAAGGGCUACGAUGUCGUGGAGCUCGAUGCCGACGAGUUGCUCGCGGAGCAUGUCCACUUUUGCAAUAUCUGCGGUAAGGGCUUCCGCCGCGAUGCGAACCUCAGGAUGCACAUGCGUGCGCACGGCGACCGAUUCAAGACCCUGGAUGCGCUCUCCCGGCCUGGUCAGGCAAAGCCAGCUGAUGGCCGCGAUGUGCGGUUUUCCUGUCCUUUCACGGGGUGCAACCGGAACCGGGCGCACCGCCGCUUCCGGCCGCUCAAGUCAGCGGUGUGCGCGCGCAACCACUUCCGACGCAGCCACUGCCCCAAACUCUACGCGUGCGAGCGCUGCGGUGGCAAGAAGCGUUUUGCUGUUCUUGCCGAUCUCCGCAGCCACCUCCGCCACUGCGGUGAGGAGGCACAGUGGCGCUGCUCCUGUGGCACCACCUUCUCCCGCAAGGACAAGCUGUUCGGCCAUCUCGCCCUCUUUGAAGGCCAUAUGCCAGCCAUGUCCCCGCUGAACAAGGAUGCAGUGACAGGGACUACAGAGGCACCCCUUGAUAUAAUGGAUGAAGGAGGAAUCGAAGACGGGGAAGAUGGCGGUGAAGGUGGUUUUGAUCCGGAGUUCUUCAAGGAAUGGAUGGAGGAGCUCAAAGAUGAUGGUGUACCUGCUGGUGGCACAAUCUGGUCUGGACGGGCAGCAGCUGGGCAAUAGCAGUGUUGCAAGUUCUGUUUGGGGUGCUAACAACAGCAAGAGGCGUUGGCUGCGUAAGUGGCUGAAAGAGCAGUUGGGAGAUGCUUAUGAAGAACAACGCAGAGGUUUCUAACAAGAGCAGCGGGGGCAUAUGCCCUUGUUUGUAUGGCGCAGUAGAGUCUGGAAUCACUUUGCCAGUCUCCUCGUCGCUCCCUUGUUAUUCUGUACCUAUUGUCCUGUUGGCAGAAACAUAUCCCAGAUGUUAGUUAUUCACUUGCGCGGUUGCGAUGCUCUCUUUCUAUGCCAACUGGUGCAAAUACCGAAGACACCGAAUAAUUAAGGUGCCAGUUUAACUUGGAACGGCGCAUAUUCAUCGGA